AAAAACGGUCCGUUGCAAGCAUCAGAUGUCAACAGUAAAUCACCAUCAAGUUGAAAUUGAUAAUAUAAUUUUAUAAAUAUUCCAUUAUUUCAUGGCAGAUUCGGGAAGUAGUUCUGCAGAAUUUGUUCCAGCAAAUAUUGAAGACAUUGAGAAGCUAGAAGUUUUAAAACAAGCUUAUGAAGAGCUUAAGGAAUUAUAUUGUCUACUUCGUUUAAUGAAAAUUGAUUUAGAAAAAAUGGUUGAAAAUUUCUCAUUAAUCAUUUGAGUUGAUAAUCAUUUAUUUUAAACUUUAAAACUAUCUCGUUUUUAAAGAAAUUAUUUUAUUGAUUUACAAAGGACAUUAAAAUGGAUAGGCGAAAGAGUCUUGGACAUGUUCUUACAGAAAAUGUAAGCAGUCCUUUACGACGUCGAUCAAGUAUUGGAAUCAGACAACCAAAUAUUGACCUUAAUGUUAAUGAUGAUGAAGCAGAACGCGUACGACUUCGUUUGGAGUCAAAAGAACCAACACCAACUGUUCAAUCAUCAAAUCGUCGGCAUUCUUUAAAUUUUGGAGUUGUAAUGAACAUGACAACUCCACAAAUUGCAGAAGGAAUAGCGGAAUGUAUUAAAUUGAGUACACAAAACAAAAUAAACACAAAAAAUGCAUUUAGUUUAAAUAUGAUAGAUUUUAUGUCGUGGAUGGUAAAAAAUAAACAACAAGAGAUGGGAAAUUUACAAAUGGCUGCUAUGGGAUUGGACAUUAGUGCUAAAAUCUAUGCUUUAAGGGUUGAAGGUCUUCAUCAAAAAAUUUUAAACAUGGCAGGGAACUUAGAUCCUAAUGAUACUAAACCAGAUAAUACGAGUACAGAAGAAAAUGUUUUAAAUGGUGAGGAGGGAUCAGAUGUUUUAAGCCAGCAACAGAAAAAGAAGAAAAAGAAAAAUGUAAAUAAAGAAAUGUUUACAACGAUAGAAGCCUUGCAAGGUAAAAAAGAUUCUGUUAGUUUAGAUCCAAUAAUGUUUGGAGAAACUGAUUGUCAAGUUUCUUCAAUGUUGCAUCAAUUUAUGCUUCCACAACAUUCGACUCAAAGCUUAUUUCUUCAUGUUUAUCAUGAUAUUCUUAUUGAUGAUUCUAUUGUUGAAAAAAAGAAUAAAGAUUCAGAAGUUAGAAUUACGUGGCCUCCAGUUCAUCCUGAUGCUAAUAAAGAAAUGAAUCCUAUUUUUUCUACUUUCGAAUUUCUCGAUUAUUCAUCUGAUCAAGACAGCAAUCCGACUCAUUCUCAAGAACGAGCUUCAGAUAACGAAAAUUUAGCAUUUGACUUAGACGCUAGCUUACCUCCAGAUGCUGAACAUGAUGAUGGCACGAAUUACUUUGUAAUGGAUGACGAUGGUGAUGAACGCCAAGUGGCAUGUGAAUCAGAACCUGCAGGUCCUGUAAUGGUAGCAACAAUUGAAAAUAUUCUUGAUAAAAUUCCUGCUCAAGGUCUUGAAUAUUCAAUGUUUGAUCAAUCGUUGAACAUUCGAUGGGUUGGACCGUCUCACUGGAAGAUAAAAAACCUUGCAAAAAAUUUUGGUUCAAGCAAAAUUGGUGAAGCUUAUACUCAAAAUUCUAAAAAGAAAAAGAAAGACUUCACAUUACAGUAUUCAAUUGAAGAAAUUGAAAAACUUGGCAAUAAGUUUAAGAAGGGUAAUUCACAAUUAAGAUCAUCUACUCUUAAAUAUUCGUGGCUCGAAGAAAAAUUAAUUCUUCAAAAAGAAACUUCUAAUGAUAAAUUUACGGAUAUGUGUAAACUUUAUUACAGACCAGAUUAUAUUAUUCGAUUAUUAGAUAAAACAGAUGCAAAUGCUACCAAUUUAGAUGAUGCUGCAGAGGGAUAUAAUUAUAAUAAUGUAAACGAUAUAUCUAAUUAUUGUCCUAGCAUUCAUACUGAUGAUAUUGCUGCUAAUGAUGAUCAAACAGAUGAUUAUAAUCCUGAGACAAAUAGUGGUUUUGUUGGUAUGAAUUUAAUAGAAGCUCCAAAAUUGACACAGAAAAUUUUUAUUCCUUACUCUCAGAGAGCCAAAAAACUUGAUAUGUUUAAAUUGAAAAAGUGCAUCUGGAAAAACUUAGAAACUAUUGAGCAAAAUAAUGAUGAAAAUAUUGAUAUUACAAAUCAAGAUAAUCCUGGGGUAAAGGGAGAAAAAAGUUUUGCAAAAGUUUUUGAAAGUCUUCCAGAUAAACUUAACAAAAAUGAUGCAGAAGAGUUGAGUUUUCCUAUUGCCUUUGUAUCUCUUCUACAUCUUGCAAAUGAAAAAUGUUUGAAAAUAUUAGGAAAUGAUAACUAUUCGGAUUUAACAAUACAACAAGAUCAAAUAUAAAAUAUUAAAUAAUUAAGAAUUACAAUAUAUUUUAAUUAUACAAAUUCAUUUCUUUUGUGUAAAAAAAGAAUUAUAUUA